AUGCAAAAAUCCUGCAAAGAAAAUGAAGGAAAGCCCAAGUGCACCAUGCCAAAAAGGGAAGAUGAACAUCUUUGUGGAGGAUUUGAACGCCAGCAAACGGAAGGGAAUUUUAGGCAAAGGCUGCUUCAGUCUCUCGAAGAAUUUAAAGAGGACAUGGACUACAGGCAUUUAAAGGAUGAGGAAGUGGCAGGAGAGGGAGAUGAGAUGGAAAGGUGCUUAGAAGAGAUAAGAGGUCUGAGAAAAAAAUUUAGGGCUCUGCAUUUUAACCACAGGCAUUCUCGAGACCUUCCUUUUCCCAUUUAA